CUAGCAUUGAAGCGUUGCAAACAGUUCGUGUUGCUUGCUUUGCUAACUCGUACAUCGUCUUAACACUCGUCCAGCUUCGAGCUUGGUGGUGAGAAGAAGACCAAGGGUGCUGCCCUCACUUUCGUGCGUUCUGUUUUUACCUUUUGUAUCGUUCUUUCGACUCACCUAUGUAUAUCUCUUAGUGAGCGUUUGGAGUCUCGCCUUUCAUAUGCCUUUGCUAUGUAUCCUAGUGCCAUCAUGAUCAUCAAUGCAAAUGUUAUGCAGGAUUCCAGUUGACAUAGUGUCAUGUGAGACAAUGUUUCAGAGAGGAGUGUGAAAGUGGAACAGAAUUAUCCGUAGCGGUUAUUUUUGAUUGCUAAGAUUAUAUUGGCCCCGUGCCUUUCACUCUUCGCUUGCUGUCUCCCAACUCUCGUUUUACUCUCUUGUCUGGCUCUUUAGCACAUACAUAGUCAUGUUUUUACCAACCCUCGUCUCUCUUUUAUUACUUUCUGCGUCGACCGCCGUCAGUGCGAGGUCGUGUGUCGCCUUUGAUGUCAACUGGAACUUGCUUGCGUUCAACCUUGAUGGCAAGGACUGGAAUGCUGGUACCCAGGACUCAUGGACCGGCAGUGGUAAAGCCACUGACAUCACUACCACCGGCCGACCGCCAUUCAAUGACGCCAACACGACUUGCUAUCUCUCCCAGUACACCAAUGCUAUCUACGUGUUGAACGGAGACACUUCUAGCCCUUCAUCUGUAUACAUCUACGAUGCUACUGCAAAAUCUUGGACAACACAAGCCGUUACUGCUGGAUCCUUCGACCCCUCUUCGUUUGACGCUAUCCUGGACCACGAUACUAACGUCUUCUAUGCGCUCUCGCACGACAGCCUGUUCUCCUUGGACAUGGGUCUCCUCAAGGCUGCUAACAGUACUCCACUGAGCUGGACCGACACCGAAACUGCUCCAUACCCGUCCGACUACCAGCCCGUGAUGGCCCUUGCUCAAAACCACAUCCACUUCUUGGACGUUCCCGGAGUUCCUGCUGGUUCGGCGGACAUUUUCGUGAUUCACUACUCGUACUUCCAGCCCGAAUCCCAGGCGUACCCUCUUCCGAACGGCAGUGCCUUCCCUGCCACUUUCGGUCAGGCCACAUCGUUCUUCCAACCCAGUGAUGUCCAGCAGGAGUUUGCCUUCAUUCCCCAGGAUUCGUCGGCUGUUUACGUCAUCAACGUGGAGACCAACACUACACAAGCUCUGGCUGGCCCCACCUACCAGGACCCUGAUGCCACUUACUUUGCCAGUGUGACUGCCUUGGUGCAGUUGACCAGUAAUGGCACUGUCUCUUUCCUUCCUUACCAAGAAGGUAACACUAGCGUCAACGCUGCGGCCACCUGGUCUCAGGUUAGCGUCCUUUCGUCUGUUGCUCCUCCCUCGACCACUACUACCUCGUCUACCGCUACCGGAACGAAGGGCGGCGCGAGUGCCACAGGUUCUUCAUCCUCUGGCUCCAACGGUGCCUUGUCAAUCACCAACAUCCACUCGGGCUUGAUGCUCGGUGCUGCCCUGGGCGCAGUGGCUUUCCUCUUCUGAUCGAUAGUGACAAUUUGAGAUUCUGUUUCCGUUGCAUACGGACUGCUUGGUUAUUGAUUCUUACGUCCACGGACUAUACUAGCUUCGCUGACACCAUAGUCGUUUGGUCUGUGGUAGCCCACCUGCUA